GAGCAGUCGGCAGCUGCGACCUCAGAGAGCAGGAAGCGCCCGUUUAACAGCGGAACUCUAUAGCAGCAGCAGCAGCAGCAGCCUCCGUAUACUUGGCCCGCUCAGUGCUCAGUCGAGCCAGCGCCCAACCGAUCGAGCAACCCGCACUCGGCUCCGCCGUAAGGGGAUGCCGCGCACGCAGGCCUGAGCCGGAGCCUGAGAAGAUCCCGUUCGAGAUGAAGCAGCCCCUGCUGGCGCUGUUGCUGGCGCUGCUCGCCCUCCUCGGCGAGGGCCAGGCCUUUUCCGAGGUCGUCAAGGACUCGAAGCUGUGCAGCCGCUUCAAGUGCCAGGCGGCCGCGGGCGAGCGCAAGUUCAAGUACCAGGAGAGGGUGACGUACCUGUACCGCUACCGCGUGGACGUGUCGGCGAGCCUCGGCGAGAGCCUCUGGCGCGGGCCCAACGAGACGCGGCUCUACCUCGACGCGGACGUGAGCCUGCGCUUCGGCUCGGCGUGCGAGGGGGCCCUGCGCCUCGGCAACGUGUCGCUCUCGCACUCGCGGCAGGCCUACCAGCCGGAGUUCCCGGACCGCGCGGGCGCCGAGUUCAAGGCCGGGCUCGAGCGCAACUGGCUGCGCUUCGGCUUCGAGGACGGGCUCGUGCGCGAGCUCUGCCCGGCCGAGCCGAGCCGCGAGCCCGUCUGGGCGCUGAACGCGAAGCGCGGGCUGCUCUCGCUGCUGCAGAACAGCAUGCUGCGCUUCGACGUGGACCGGCGCGUCGAGGAGCUCGACGUGCACGGCGUCUGCGAGACGCGGUACCGGCUGCGCGAGGCGCGCCGCACCAGCCUGAUCGUGCGCAAGAGCAAGGACCUGGCGAGCUGCCGGCAGGCCGGCCGGCACCUCUCGCUCGUGCGCUCGCAGAGCUACCGCAGCCCGCGGGCCUCGGGCCGGCGCGGCGGCGCGCUCCUCGCCUCGAGCCUCGAGUGCGACAUCAGCAUCGACCACAACGUCUACCAGCGCGUGGAGUGCCGCGAGGAGCACCGGCUGCGCCCGCUCUCGGGCGGCCGGGACGGCGGGAGCGGCGGGAGCGGCGCGAGCGGCGCCAGGACCGAGCUGCUGGCCAGUCUGGAGCUGCUGGCGGAGCUGCCGGCCGGGCCGCCCGAGCCGGACGAGGCCGAGCCCCAGGUGCCGCGCGACGUGCUGCCCCGGCGCGGCAGCCUCCUCUACGACCACGCCAAGUCGCCGCGCACCAUCUACGGCGAGCUGCGCGCCUCGCGCGACCUCCUCAAGACCAUGUGCCAGCUGGGCACGCCGCUCGAGCUGCGGCGCAACUUCGGCGAGCUCUUCACCAGCUUCGUCCACUCGGCGCGCAUGCUCGACUACCAGGGCCUCUCGCAGCUGUUGGCGCGCGCGCGCGACAUCUGCCGCACGGGCCGCGCGCACAUGCUCGAGGCGCUGCCCUUCGUCGGCAGCAACGCCGCGCUCUCGCUGAUGCGCGAGCUGCUGCUGCGCCGGCAGGUGGCGCCCGAGAAGCUCGGGCUCUGGGUGACGGCGUUCGGCCUGGUGCCGCGGCCCGACCGGCAGACGCUGCUCGCGCUGGCGCCGCUGCUGCGCCGCGAGGCCGAGCUGCCCGCCGAGGCGCAGUUCCUGCUGAGCUUCUCCGCCCUGGUGCACGGCUACUGCAGCGAGCGCGAGCCGCGGCGCUGCGCCGAGGGGCCGCCCGGGCCCGUGGCCGAGCUGAUGCGGCUGCUGGAGGAGCGGCUCGAGCGGGGCUGCCGGCCGCGGGCCCAGAGCCGGGCCGAGGUGCGCCGCACCCUCGAGGCGCUCAAGGCCGUGGGCAACGCGGGCGUCGAGACGGCCGCGCUGCCGGGCCUGCUGCGCGGCUGCGCCGCCGACGAGAGCGGCUUCCUGCCGACGGAGGUGCGCGUCGCGGCGAUCGAGGCCCACCGGCGGCUGCCCUCCUGCGAGGCCGCCCGCGACCAGUUCCUCAUCGGCCAGUACCGGAACUUCAGCCUCGACGCGGAGCUGCGCAUCGCCUCCUAUCUCCAGCUCAUGCGCUGCCCCGACUACAACGUCGUCAAGCUCGUGCGGCGCAGCCUCGAGGAGGAGGAGGUCAACCAGGUCGGCUCGUUCGUCUGGAGCCACCUGCGCAACCUGCUCUCCUCCAGCUCGCCGACGCGCAUCGAGAUCCAGAGCCUGCUGGCCGACCGCGAGCUCGGCAGCAAGUUCAACAGCGACCUGCGCAAGUUCUCGCGCAGCUACGAGAGCUCCUUCUUCAGCGAGGAGCACAACCUCGGCGCCAACUCGCAGAGCAACCUCGUCUUCUCGGCCAAGUCCUACGUGCCGCGCUCGGCCUCGCUCAACCUGACCCUCGACCUGCUCGGCGAGUCGGUGAACCUCUUCGAGGUGAGCCUGCGCGCCGAGGGCCUCGAGUUCUACGCGGAGGGCCUCUUCGGGCCGGGGGCGCCCCUCAGCGGGCUCAAGCUCGGCGAGCACUUGCGCCACUUCCUGCGCCACUUCCGCCGCUCGGCCGAGCGCCCGGACUCGGCGAGCUCCUACUGGCGCGAGCUCGGCCGGCUGCCCAACGUCAUCGACAACGACUUCGACCGGCCGCGGCUCAGCAUCGGCUACAAGGUCUUCGGCAACGAGCUCAAGUUCACGAUGCUCGAGAGCGACCAGGAGAUCCGCGCGGCCCUGGCCAGCCUCGACCCCUGGCAGAAGGUCAAGGAGAUACUCUCCGGCCGGGACGUCGUGCACUACGAGAAGGCGGCCAUGUUCCUCGACUCGUCGUACGUCGUGCCGACGAGCGCCGGGCUGCCGGUCCGGCUGGACCUCUCCGGCUCGGCGGCCUGCAACAUCAAGCUCUCCGGCAUCGUCAACAGCGAGCUCCUCCUGAGCGACGGCGAGCUCGAGAUCAGCGGCAAGAUCACGCCGAGCCUGAGCGUCGACGUGACCGGGAGCAUGACGGUCGACGCCUUCUACAAGAGCGCCGGCCUCAAGCUCAAGAGCAGCAUGUACUCGGUGGGCGCGGUCGAGGCCGACCUCAGCAUCAAGAGCCUCAAGCUGGCGAGGCUCAGCUGGAGGAUACCCAGCCACAAGAUGGAGGUCUUCUCCCUCACGACGGACGUCCUCCUCGUCACGAGCAACGGCGCCGAGUACAAGGAGCAGCCGGUCGGGAUCCUCCUGACCGGCGACAAGCCCGAGCAGCUCCGCAAGGACUUGUCCGCCGCCUCGGCCAAGAUCGUCAAGAACACGACCUGCAGCUGGUCCGCCUUGGACAGGCUCGUCGGGCUGAAGCUCUGCGCGGACUACCAGUUCCCCAACGUCACCAAGGACGCCAACGCCUCCUACUUCCUGCUCAACGGCCCGACCCUCUUCAAGCUCUCGCUCAUCAAGGCCGACCCGACGGCGGACAGCUAUCUCCUCGAGUACAGGUGGAAGCGAACGCAGAACGAGAGCAGGAUAAGACUCGCCUUCGACACGCCCGGCUCGCAGACGCAGCGGGAAAUCAGCGCGACCGUUUCCUUCGACGCCCUCAACAACAACGUCACUCUGCUGCUCAAAUCCAAGGGCAACUCCCUGAUCGCUCAAGGCACCUACAAGAGAACGGACGACGAGACCUUCAUCGACAUCGGCUUGGACAGCAAUGGGACGAAGCACUUGGACGCCAGCGUGGGCUACUCGAGGAAAAGGGCCAAAUACGGCUACGCCUAUUCUCCGAAGCUCUUUCUGGCCAUCAACAACGAGAGGAUCGUCAAUCUUUCUGGAAUAAUCCGAAACCAGGACAAGAGCAACUCCUCGCAGUGCGACAUCGACUUGCGUUUCGAAACCAAGAACCUCUCCAGCCACCUCUUCGGCUACAUCUUGAAGGGAAACGUCAGCGUCUCCGGCAACGUCAAGGUGGAGUACCGCUUCCACGAGAGGUCCAAGGACGAAAUUUUGCAAACGGAAUUCUCCCUGAUCAACCGAUCGACCAAAACCCUGACGUACAAGGCCGCGGACAUGAAGCUGCACUCGACCGCUUAUCCGCAGCUCAACGUAGUCGCCGGGCUGCGUUAUCAACACGCGCUCGGCAACCUCGAGCUGCACAUCGAAGUCAACACCAGCCCGCAUCUUCACAACGCGGACAGGCACAAGCUCACCGCGCAAUUCGUUGCCACUUACUCGAAGCCCUACUUCCAGACCGAUGGUACUGCGUCCUCGUCCAACAGUGCCAACGUCAGCGCGUACGUGGCCAUCACCAAGCCAGCCCAGGACAUCGACCUGAAGGUCGGCGUCAACUACUACUCCAUCGGGCCCGAGUCCAGGACGCGCUUCCUCAUCCGCUACGCGCCCGGCAAGGAGAUCACCCUGACCGUCAAUCUCAUAAUGCCGCGGGGCACGCUCUUCGCCAUUGAGGGCCGCGCGAACCUGACCGUACCCAACUUCAAUUCCAUGCUCGUCAGCGCCAAGAUCACCGAACGCUCGCGCAACGAGUACGACCUCGACUUUGCCGGCACCUGGUUCAGCGGCCACAACAUCUCCGCCCUCGGCUCCUAUUGCGAUCGUUCGACCGUCGUCGUCACGAACCACAACCUCAAGAUCCUCCUCAAGUCCCCGAGCUUCAGCAGAGACAUUCGGCUCGACUGCAAACUGUAUCGCGAUGCGGCCGAUCUGAGAAUAGGUAUGUUCGUGGAACAGAUCGACAUCGACAGGUACGCGCUCAUGCUCAACCACACGACGAUGUCGGGCUUGCAUUUCCAAACGUUCCUCGAGGCCAAGUACAAGAACAGCACCUACUCGAUGCUGUCGAAUAUAGACAUGCAGCGCCGGGCAAGCGUGGACCUACACCUCGACAAGUGGCGGGACGUUCGCGUCAUCGUGACGGGCAUCAACGAGCAGAGCAACAAGGAGUACGGCGUCGAGAUACAGUGGGACGCCAGCCGCGAUCCGAGCCUCAAGUUUGUCAGCAACGCGCUGCUCAGCCGGUUCGUCUCGGAGAACGCGGAGAACGAGGGCAGAAACAUGAGCGCGCUGGUGCGCGUCUCCUAUCCUGGCAGACUGCUCGUCGGGUCCUGCCUCUUCGCGCUGAGGGCGCGCAACAACUACGUCAUGGACGCUCAGCUCGAGUGGAGCGCCAACCGGGCCGUCAGGCUCACCCUCGACACGGAUUACGACGCGCAGAACUGGAUCAAGGUUCUCAAACUCGAGUCCCAGCUGCUCACUCCCUUCGAGAAUUGGAAGAAGACGUCGCUGAACGGAAAGUAUUUGCAAACGGAGUCGGACCUGACCGCGACUGGCAGCGUCUAUUGGCAGGACUCGCAGCACGUGAUAUUCGACGUGACCGGCAACGCCAAGACAUCGCCAGACGGCAUCACCGAGUACAACGCCAAUUGCGGACUCGUGAGCACCGUGCACACCAUCCAGUACGUCACGCUCAACCUGACGCACGCUCACCUCUACGCCAAGAGCGCGGACUCGCAUCUUGUCAUCCGCUUCCAUCCCGACAAGCUCAUAGACGCUCGAAGCAUUUGGCUCAUCGAGAACGUCAAGGACGACACGUUCAACAUCACGGGAAAUCUGCAGCUCAUCUCGCCAGUCGUCAAUUACCGCAAGGGUGAGCUCAAGUGUCACCUGAGCUCGCGCUCCGAUUGGAAGUUCCAUGGCGCGGCCAAUCUCGAUCUAGAUAAGAGAAAGUACACGGCUCACCUCCUCGGGGAUUUGACGAGACUCAAGGAAUCAAUGGUCCAAUUCAACAUCACGACGCCAUUCGAGAAGUACGCUUUCAUACGGGGCAGAUUUGGAUUGUCCGAAAGAAACAAGCACGUCGUCGCUGAGAUAGCCACUCCGGCCGGUCCAUUAGGCGUUGAGGGCAUUUGCCAGUUGUUCAGCAGUAACUACGAUUUCAAUAUAAAAUUACUCCUGGCCACUCCGAUCGACGUCAUACAGCAGGCUUUCUUCAUUGCCAAACUCAAUCAGCAAGAAGCGGACUUCAGAGUGGCUUACAACAACAUGACUGCUGGUUUUCAGGGAGUGUGGUUCUACAAUAACAUAACCAACUUCCACUACAGUUACAUUCUCUAUACUCCGCUGCAAGGAUUCCAUGAAAUCGGAGCUAUAACAAAGUUAGUGGCUCUGCACAAAGAUCCGACAGGUCUGGUGGAUAUCGAUUCAGAGUUCUCUCUGCGCGUUGUGGAGCUCAAGGUUGGUAUGAAAAUCCACGCUGGACCAAAGCCACCGCCACCAGUUGCAAUCCCUCCGAAAUCAGAACUCAAACUCUCCCGAGAAGACUCUGAGCGAGAUACUUACGAUGACGCGGAAGACGCGGAGAACAAUCUCUACUGGAAAGCCGAAAUGGAGCUGGAUGCUGUUAUAAUAGAAACAAUCACGUCAUCUAUCGAUUUCGAACGCGAAGGUUCCACGGAUAAAGUUUUGGCUCACUUGAAACUGCCUCAGGGUAAAAUCGUUAUGGAAGAUCGUUUCUACUUUGAAGACUUCUUCCACAUAAAAAAUGACCUCAGCAUCGAUACUCCGUUCCACUGCGCAUCCGAAAUUGUUUCUGCAUAUUCUCUUGCUGUGGAUAUGGAAAAUUUCAUGUACUUGAUGGACAUGAGCUUGAACGUCAAAAACUACACAGAAUGGAUCGAGAGCGGAUUCAACGUCAACUACACGUAUCUAGGUGUGGAAGAUCAAGACUUGCAGCUCCAUACACUGAAGCUCGACUUAAAAACGCCUAUGAGUUUCUUAAAAUUCAUGAAUUCACAAACCAUGCUAGAAAUUGACGAUAAUUCCUACAAAGCGAACGUCGAUAUCAAAUCUGUGGAAAGUUCGUUGAAUUUCAGUGGUUUCUUGGAGCAAGAUACGAAUUACUUGGAUGUGAUUGUACAAACGAAAGUAAUAAGUCCAAUACUGACUGUGCCUGAAACAAAAGUUACUGGCAAAAAAGACUUUACCGAUAAAGAAAAACACAUGGAAUUCAGUUUAGAUGUAGGGUCAGAAGAUGCGAAGAAAUCGGGUACGUUCCAAGCCAGUUGGUUGGUAGGAGAACAAUUGACGAAGGCUUCAGUAGCACUGAAUACUUGGUUAGAACCAUUGGUUAAUGUAGAAGGUUCGAUACUUUGCAACAAUACCAUAAACUUGGAUAAUAGCGCAUUGUUAAACGUGAAUUUCAAACAUCAUAAAGAUCAAGCUUAUGCAUUGAACGGUUGGUACAAGGAGGAAAAAGUGCAAUUUGAUUUAGAAACUCCCGCCCAUCCUAGGCGACUUGUAUUUAGUGGAGAUGUCAGCAAAGUUAACGAGAACGUCUAUCACCUCGCUGGCGAUUUGACAAAUGUAGAAACGUCCGAGAUUUUCCACGUAGCGAGUCCAAUAAAAAUGGAUAACGGCGGUAUCUCUUCGAUUGAUAUGACAAUUACUCCAAAAUCUGCGACAGAUGUCGAUGGCGACAAGCCCAUCAAAUUAAAAUUGAGGACAGAACGGUACGGGUUGAGUAUUGAAGGGGAGAGUGGCCAAAUGAAUGGAAACGUCAAGAUGAACCUCAUCAACUCCUUCAAUUGGGAUUUGCGAGCCAAACUGUCGCAGGCGAACGGCCAGUCGUUCGACUUUGCCACGUUCAUGAAUGUCCAGGUCAACGGGAAUACAACAUUGUAUCUUCAAGCUGAGACGCCGUGGAAACAGAUGGAAAAGAUCGCGUUCGAGGGUAAUCUUUUGCUCGACAGUGAGACGGGCAACGUUCGCGUCAAACAUCAGCUUAACGAAGAUUCCGGGCACGUUCUUUUCCUCUGGCGCCUCUUCUACCUGGCAGACAUGUAUGCCAACCUUGCCGCUGGCUAUCAGAAAGAUGGAGUUGACAUAAAAGAUAUAAACGCCGUGGUAUUUUACGCAAAUCCGAAGAAAGCCUUCAGAAACAUCGAAGUUGGAUUUGAUAUCGACGUCGAUCGCGAUAAAUGGAGAUUCGGUACGAACGCUACAGUAGGCAUACGGAAUCAGAAUAACAUCGAUGCCAUACUGAAAGUCAGCCUUCCACCGCCAGAUAAAGAUAGCCACAGCAUACUUUUGAGCUAUCACGCGAACAAUGACCACAGGGAUUUGUCUUACAUCGUCGGCUACAGUGCUGACCUGGCUAAAUCUAAUUACGCGUCCGAUGGUUCGAUAAAAAUGAAUACAAAUGACAUCAACGGACAUCUUCGACUCACCUGGGGUCUACAGCAGGAACAGACGCUCAACAAUCUUUUCAACGUAACAUUCGACAGCAAAGAGAUCAACUUGAAGUACUCCCUAUUCACGCCAAAAUUCGUCAGCGAAGAAACCAUCUUGCUGGUCGCCAAGUACGACGCCAAUCUGGAAAAAUACACAUUAAUCAACACGGACCUCCAUUAUCCUGGACGGAAGCGCAUAGGUUCCGCUGAAAUAUCCUACCAAAGCCUGAUCAACAUCAACGGUACGCUGAAUGCGUCGACGCCGCUGCCUAAUUUUUCGGAAAUCGGAUGCGAGUUCGUGGUGAUGACCAGGCUAAAGCAAAACAAGCGUUUCAUCCAGUUCCACUGGCAGGACAGCUCGGCACUUCUGGACUCGGAGUAUACGUACAACAGCGAGCGCCUGAAUUCGAAUUUAGACGGGCACAUUAGGCUGGAAUUUCCUCUGAACACGCGUCACAUUGGUCUCUUUACCUAUGGCUACAAAAAGCGACCGCUCGUCACGACGGGCUACUCGGAGCUAAGCUACAACGAGGACAAGGUAAUGGAGGGUCGCUACGACUCGAAGAGCGAGUCACGGGCCGGAUUCGAGAAGGACCGAAUCGACAUAAGCAUAGAAAACGCCCUCAAGCCCAUAGGUAUUAUUUACGUGAAUCAGUACGAGUACAGCGCGGGUAACGAGGGCACCAACUACCCGUCGGUCGAGUACAAAGAGGUGAACGUUUACCAGUUGAACAACGCGAGCGCGUUCAACGUUUCCGGCACGUCCAAGAUACGAACGACUCACAGCGGCCAGGAAAUUCAGCUGACGGCAGUGCAUUCGAAUCGGACGGUGAAAUUCAGCACGGACUACGACGUCUUGCCCGGCGAAUUCGAUCAAAACUGCUCGUUCAGCCUGGCCGAGGACGCCUGGGUCUCUUACCACAUCAACGUUGUCAACAAGACGACCGAACAAGUGGAGAACCAGUUGAUGGUGCUGAGCUUGGUUUACCCGGAGCGAAACUUCACCCUCGACAGCUCGUACAGGAUCACGGAUGCGGAGCUGAACUCCGAGGCGAGGCUCAUAUGGGACAGCCAGCUCGAGAGCCCGAGGACUCUGGGCGCCGCGUUCGACUGGAGGAACACUACGUCCGAGCAGAACAUCGCGCAGCAGAGCGCAGUGCUGAGCUUGAAGCACCCGAGCUUCGAGAAGGACGUCAAGCUAACGGGCAGGCUGGCGCGCAGAGACAUCCGCGACUUGCUCAAUGUCGGAUUGACCGUCGACUACUCGAUGCACGCCGACCGCAUGCUCAACUUGUCGGCCAUACUGCGCGACGAGAGCGACUUGCCCGUCGAGAGGAAGUACAGCUACUCGAUAACCGGCAGUCACCCGAGAACUAAUCUGAAGCUCGACGUGAGGGGGCACGUGAAGAAGUACAAGGCCAUCGUGGCCGAGACGAUAAACAGCGCCGCGUACAAGCGCAGCUACCUGCCCGAGGAGCUGGGCAAGCUGCUGGCCCGCGUGGACCUCGGCAAGAACGAGCUCGAGUUCAGCCGGACGAGCAACGAUUACGUCAAGUACUUGCGGACCAGAUACUACCCCAACUACCCCGAGUACGUGGUCAACGGCACCGCCAAAAAUGGAAAAGAGCUCGACGCGACCGGAGCCUUCUUCAUCGAUUUGCGGGAUAAGCUCACGUGGAUGAUGCUGAACUACACUGCAGAUGCCACGGAGAGCCUGAGAAUGUACGGGAACAUCCCGGACGCGAGAAAUGCCGAGUUCAAUAUCUGGAGAACUUACGAUCAGGACCUCACCAUAUCGGACGUCUCGUUCUACCUGCGCCUCAAUCAUUCGCGACUCGUCACUUCGACACUGAAGUGGAGGCCGGAGCUCAAGUCGGAUAUCAUCAACAGCAUCAGAGUGGCCUUGACGAGCUCGUACGAGGAGCUUAGCAAAGACAUCGAUUACUGGAGAAAUUACAUACGACACGAAACGCUCUACGUAAUAUCCGACGUAUGGAGCGAUGCCAAGGACGAUCUGGAAGAAUUUUUGGAAGACCUCAACGACUUGAAGCUGAUAGAAGAUGACUUCGAGCACCUCAAGAUUUACCUGAACGAGUCUUACAACGCCAACGACUUCUACAUCAAGGACAUCGUGAUGAUGGGCGUGUACGUGAUCGACGAGCUGUCCCUUCGCAGCCACAUUCAAUCGCUGCCCAACAUCGUCAACGAGAUUUGGGAGAUAAUGGGCGAGUCCGGGCAAGCGAUUCGCAACUCGCUCCUCUGGAUCAUCGAGACCAUCAAGAACGCCUAUCAGAAGCUCUCGGAGAUCGUAAGCGCCAUUCUUCGCGGGGACUCGAUGAAUCAGAUCGCCAGCAUCGUGGAGAAGCUGAUCAUCAAGUACGACAUGUUUGUCAAGGAGCUGCACGUGUCGUUCAUCCAGUACAUCGAGUACCUUUACAACAGAAUCUACCAGACGAUUUCCCUUCAGUGGCACCGAUUCCUCAUGCACAUCGAGCCCGUCUUCAUCCGACUGGCGCACUACCUGGAGACCGUCGGCUGGAAGGCCGUCCAGGAGUUCUUCAACUUCCUGUACGACAGGAAAAUCGAGCUGAUCAGCUCGCCGUACUACGACCAGUUCUCCAACUUUACGCAGGACAUCGACAAGUUCUACCGGGACAUCAAGGCCAACGACGUAAUCACCAACAUCCAGAAGUACUCGGCCUCGGUGAUCCAGUUCAUCAAGGAGCGCUACUUCGCCUUCGUGCCGUUCGGCAAGGAGCUCAAGGACGUCGUCGACGAGAUCGUCAACGAGCUGAAGGAGCUGCAGAAGCUGCCCUCGGUCAAGUACGCGCUGGAGAAGGUGCAGCAGGUCUACGAGCGGGCGAGCUACCUCUACGAGUACCUCGAGGUCAGGGCGAAGCUCGAGAGCACCGUGCGGCUGAUCCACUCGAAGCUGAUGGACAUCAGCCAGACGGCGCUGCAGGCGGAGAGCCGCUACCGCGAGGCCAAGACCAAGUUCAUCUACGACCCGAACCACGGCCUCAUGUGCCUCGAGCAGAAGCUCCCCAUGUCCUGGCACGCGUUCAACCAGACGCCCGAGUUCCAGGAGAUCCCCGAGUACAGGGCCAUCCUCGACAUGGGCUCCUACUUCGCGGCCUCGAACACGACCUUCUGGACUCUCUACUACCAGAUCAAGCCCUUGACCGAGCCCUCCAACUGGCUGCCGCCCUUCAAAGCUCAAGCGAUGAUCGUCGGGCCUCGGCACUUCCGGACCUUCGACGGCCGGCACUUUGACUUUGCCGGCUCCUGCACGUACCUGGUCGCGCGCGACUUUGUCCGCAACCACUUUGCCAUUCUGAUCAAGUACGAGAGCGCCGGCACCGCUCACAGGCUGAUCGUGCUCGUGGGGGACAAGGCCAUCGAGCUCGACGUCUUCAACGACAGCGUCAAGCUGCUGGGCGAGCGCGAGCCCUCGGCGAAGCUGCAGCUGCCGAUCGAGCUGGAGAACGGCACCGUCUUCGUCUACCAGGAGGAGAGCAUCGUGACGGUCGAGCGGAAGAACAGGCAGUUCAAGCUCGAGUGCAACCUCAAGUACGACCUGUGCACGCUCGAGCUGGCCGGCUGGUACCACGGCAAGACGGCCGGGCUGCUCGGCACGAUGAGCAACGAGCCGUACGACGACGCGCUCGCCUCGAGCGGCCGCUACGAGCGCGACGUGGCCGAGUUCGCGCGCAGCUGGGCCCUCGAGCCCGAGUGCCGCCUCGGGCCCGGCGAGCCCGCGCCGCGGCCCGCCCGGCCCGCCCGGCCCCUCGAGCAGGCCCAGGGGCCCUUCUGCCGCGAGCUCUUCAGCAACAAGAGCUCCGAGUUCAGCUCGUGCUUCGGCAUCGUCGAGCCCGAGGCCUACCGGCGCGUCUGCGCCGAGAGCGCGAGCGAGCGCGAGGCCUGCGCCCUCGCCAUGUCCUACCUGCAGAGCUGCAUGUUCCACGACACCUACCUCCGGAUACCCGACCAGUGCACGCCCUGCCGCAUGAGCGAGCUCGGCGAGCUCGACGUGCCCGAGGGCGACUUCCGCAAGCUUGAGGGCGAGGCGGUGCCCAGCUCGGCGGACGUAAUCUUCAUCGUCGAGGCCAAGGAGUGCAACAGGGGCCUGCGCCGGAGCCGCGGCGUCGACCAGCUGGUCGCGCACAUCAGCCGGGAGCUCGGCGAGGCCGGGCUGCGGGAGAACCGCUGGUCGCUGGUCACCUUCGGCGGGGACGGCGUGCACGAGGCGCCGCGCAGCCUCAUCCUCGACAACGAGGUCUUCGCGAGGGACGCCGCGCGCUUCGCCGACUACUUCGAGCACAUACCCGUGGGCGACGGCAGCCAGGACGUCUUCGAGGCGAUCCGGUUCGCGGCGCAGCUCGUCUUCCGGGCCGGCGUCUCCAAGACGUUCGUGCUCAUGCCCUGCUCGCACUGCGAGGCCGACAAGCAGACGGCGUUAUCUCGCUCGCAGCUGGACUACUCGGUGCUCUACCACGCCCUCCAGGAGCGCGGCAUCACGCUCCACAUCCUCAUGGACGGGGACUUCCAGCUGGAGAAGACGGGCCGCCUGAACAAGAUCUUCUACGGGCUGGACGCGACGCGCUCCUACACGAAGAAGGACGCGCGGCAACUGCUCGGCGACGUCGAGCUGCGCCGGCACGUCAAGUUGUCGAGGAGCGCGCUCGGCUACUGCGCGCCGCUCGCGCUCGAGACCAACGGCACGAUAUUCAGCGGGGGCAAGCUGCGCCGGCUCGCGGCCGACUCCGGCAAGCUGGGCCCGCUCAAAAAGUUCGCCGGCGUCUUCGCCAAGAGGCUGGCCCUCACCGCCCGGCCCAGCGACUGCCAGCUCUGCGAGUGCAUCGCCAACAACGACGGCCUCACCCGGAUGGAGUGCUCGCCCUGCGACUACCCCGUGCCCGUCGCCGUCGACUUUGGCAGCGAAACCUUCAACGAAGACGACAUGGCCUCGCUCCAGUCCAUCGACGACGACUACGCCCAGCUCGACGGGGACGAAGAUUGAGGCGAGACGCGGGCAAACUCCUAGCUUUUCAUUAAUUAUUACGAAGGGGACAUCGCCAACUCCGAGUUGCUACCUCCGCUCUCCUCAUCUAUAUCUCUUCUAUAUACUCUUUGCGCUUCAAUGUAUGUGACUUUAAAGCGACGUGUGUCAGCCGUCAGGGCACGCGAGCUGCCGAACGAGUGCGUGCCGUGGGGGAUGCCAGAGCUACGUACGAAAUCUUUAUCGUUGUGUAAGAAACAUUUUUAUUCCUCUCAAAUAAAUCAAAAUAAUUGAUCGUUA